UUUUGCUCUCUCCCUCCGGCAUUCCCCCUUUCAUUAGUUUUUGCUGUUUUGGUAUUAAAGCCUUGUCAACUCGAAUAUCCAAUCUCCGAACGCUCACAGUUUCAUUAUUAAUGGAUUCACCAACCCCCUCAAGAUCUGUUCCUUCUCUCACCAACACCAUUCUCUCUCAAAUUCUCUUCUUCUUCGUCUGAUAAAUUCACACCCAUGGCAUCUCACUCCCUCAAUCUUCGCCACCUCUACCCUCUCCAGCUCCCUCGCCCCCACCGCCGCUCCUCAUUUCGCGCCGUCGAUCGCCUCCGAUCCGGUUCCUGCUUCUCGCCGGUACGUUCCGGAAUCAGUUACGAUCUUAAGUUGAUUGGGUUGCGAAGAGGUGGAUGCCGCUUUGGUCAUGGUCGUGUUCGUUAUGGAGCCUUUGAUGUGGAUUUUGGUGAUGUUUCGCCGGUUGAGGAUUGGGGUAAUAACCAGGAAGAGACUGCAGAACACGUUAGUUUUUCCAGCGAUGGUGACGAUAGUGAUGCCGAGUUUGUAGUGUCUCCUCAGUCUGAUAUUGAUUUGCCUGCUAUUACUAAACCAACUGACGAUGCUCUAACUGUGAGUGCUUAUCGGCUUGCAAUGCUUGGGCACCAGCGCAAGAAACACAGGAUCAGACAAGGAGUAUUACUCAACACGGGACUCAUAAUGUUCUUGGUAGUGGUACUUCUAUAUGUGGAUUGGUGUGCUUGGCGGAUUGUUAGACUACCUUUGGCACCCUUCCACUUGACCUGCCCCUUCGUUAUAUCAGCCAUUUUGGCCUCUUGUGCAGGAUAUGUUUGUGUUCCACUGCUCUAUAGCUUGAAGAUUCAUCAAAUUAUCAGAAAAGAAGGUCCUGUAAGGCACUCCUUGAAAAAAAGAACUCCCACAAUGGGUGGGCUGUUCUUUGUACCAAUUGGUGUCAUUGUCGCAAGGUUCACUGCUGGGUUUUCUUCUGUUGAAGUAUGUGGAGCAGCUACAGCAACUCUUUUAUUUGCUGCUAUUGGACUACUUGAUGAUAUCAUAUGCUUGAUAAAGAAUCAUAAUAGUGGUCUAUCUGCAUGGAUAAAAAUUAUUUUGGAGGUAGCUGUUGGAACCUGGUUUUCGUAUUGGUUGCAUACAACAAAUAUAUCAUCACCCUAUGGCAUGAAAAUGUUGGUUCCUCUACCUGCUCCACUAGGCAUUGUGUGGCUGGGAAAACUAUAUUUAAUGCUGGCUUCAUUCUGUUUUGUUUCUAUGGGAAAUGGGGUGAACUUAACAGAUGGUCUUGAUGGGCUGGCUGGAGGAUCUGCUGCAUUGGCUUUUAUAGGAAUGUCGAUCGCAGUGCUUCCAAUAUGUUCAGACCUUGCGAUAUUUGGAGCGUCAAUGGCAGGAGCUUGUGUUGGUUUUCUUUUGCACAACCGAUAUAAGGCAUCAGUGUUCAUGGGUGAUACUGGAUCCUUGGCAAUUGGUGGAGGGUUAGCUGCAAUGGCUUGUUGCACGGGGAUGUUCUUCCCAUUGUUCAUUUCAUCUGGCAUCUUUGUCUUGGAAGCCUCAUCAGUUAUUUUGCAGGUUAUGUACUUUAAGACAACCAAGCGCUUGCAAGGUGCAGGUCGUCGGCUCUUCCGAAUGGCACCCUUUCAUCAUCACCUUGAACUAUGUGGACUUAAAGAACCAAUCAUUGUUGGUGGUGCCUAUAUAAUAUCGUCCACAUUAUCGUUAAUUGCUGCCUAUGUCGGUCUGAUAUCUGCUUAGCAUCUGGGUGACUUUGGUUAUUACCAUUCUUUGUAGUUAGGCUCACUAAAAUUAUUUGUUAUUGUAUUCUUCUCCUCUUUCUGUAAGGUCGAUUAUGGUGUCGAUUAUUUAUACUUACAACGCAUUGCUGAGAAAAAUAGAAUAUACACGUGAAGGUGAACCCCUGUACUUCCAUUUCUGAUAUAGCAGUAAACACAGUACGUUUUAGCUGUUGAUUGCAAAAAUGGCCAAACUACUUUCUUUACUUUGCUCA